UCUUCCUGCUUGUGAAGCACUGUCUGUUCGUCAGGAAAAACCUGCUGUUUCACAAUGCAGCAGUGUGGAGACAAGGUGCCUGAUCUGUGGUGUUUUGAAGGGGGAUUUUUUUGAACAAUGAAGCGACUGAACCGUAAGAGCGCACUCAGUCUGGUGAAGGAGCUGGAUGCGUUCCCCAAAGUACCUGAGACAUAUGUUGAAACAUCAGCUCUUGGAGGAGCAGUGUCACUGACUGUUUUCAUGUCCAUGGCAAUUUUGUCCAUUUUGGAAUUCUUCGUAUAUCAAGACACAUGGAUGAAAUAUGAAUAUGAAGUUGACAAGGACUUUAACAGCAAGCUAAGAAUAAACAUUGACAUCACGAUUGCAAUGCAGUGCCAGAUGGUUGGAGCAGAUGUUCUGGACAGGGCAAAUACCAUGGUCUCUUUAAAAGAACUCAUAUAUGAGCCGGUUCAUUAUGAACUUAAUCCUCAGCAAAGGCUUUGGCAAAAGACACUACAGCAGUUCCAGGGCCAACUCACACGAGAACGCUCUCUUAAAGAUGUGCUUUUCAAAAACAUAAAAAAGGAACUUAAUUUAACCCCAAGGAUGAGGAAUGAUUCUCUGUCCAGACCGCCCAGUGCCUGUAGGAUAUAUGGAAACGUCUACGUGAACAAAGUAGAAGGAAACCUCCACUUCACGCUGGGCAAGGCCUUACAGCUACCCGAUGGACACACCCAUUUUGGAUUAUUAUUCUUAAAUAAUGAUUUUCAGAACUUCUCUCAUCGAAUAGACCAUCUUUCCUUUGGAGAAGUUGUACCAGGACGCAUCAAUCCUCUAGAUGCUACUGAGAAAAAUACGUUUAAAGGAAACCAGCAGUUUCAGUAUUUCAUCACUAUUGUUCCAACCAGACUGCAGACAUCUAAAUUAUCUCUGGAUGCACACCAGUAUUCGGUCACAGAGCAGGAGCGGGUGAUAAACCAUACAGCAAGCGAACACGGUGCUUCUGGAAUCUUUGUGAAGUACAAGCUGAACCCUCUGAUGGUGAGGGUGAGUGAGGAGCACAUGCCUCUAGGAAAUUUCCUGGUGCGUCUAUGUGGAAUUAUUGGUGGCAUCUUUUCCACUUCCGAUUUGCUCCACAGACUUGUAGGCUUUUGUGUUGACAUUGUAUAUUGUCGGUUUAAACUUAGCAGCAGUAACCAAAACUAGGUGAGUUUUAUUGGAGUUAUGACGGACAUUAUGAUCAUAACCAGGAUCUCUACUGUAAAUAUGCAGUACAUGUUAAUGCUGUAUAUAGUAUAACAGGAACAUUCAGUACACAAGAAGCUUUACAAUUAGAUUCAGCAGGGAUUCAGAUAAUUACAGGUGUGUGCAGAGUGUGGACCACUCCUACAGGUGUCUACCACCUUUCAGAAUUCAGUUCUAGACCUAAUGUAGCACAAUUAAAAUCUAUCAAAGCUAAUUUAGGCAUUCAGUAGUUUUUGAAUAAAAACUCACUUGUACAUUUUAAAUAAUCAUACUUUUUUCAUACUUUUGUUUAUCUCACUGCUUUUCUUGCAGACUACAAUUUUGAGUGCCUGUGUCUGCAUAAAUUAUGGAGUACAUGGAAUGUGUAGAUGUAAUAUAGUGAAUAAAAACUUAUUUGUAAACUUGUGUUUAGAAUUUAAUUUAAUUUAUUUUUUCAUUAAACAUUUAAGUAAGUUGCAAAUAAAUCUUAAACCAAAGAUUUGCUUGCAAAAAGUUAUUGUUAUAUAAAUGUGUCUCUACCUAAUGGAAUUUUAUUUGUCUUCAGUGUUAUGUGUUUAUGAUUAUUGAUUAAUGUUUAAUAAAUAUCAAUGUCCAACUAAUUAAUGACAAUCUUUCAAAAUAUGGGUGUAGCAAAAAUGAGACCAGUCACAGUCUUUUUCACCAAAAAUGAGUUGAUAAUUAGUCCUUAUUAAAAAAAAUGACAAUGUAAUGAUAAAUCAUGGAACUUUUACUGUUAGUGCUUAAAAAUGAAGGCAGAUACUUUUUAAUUUUUUACUCAAGUGAAGGUCAAGGAUCUAGGAUUUGUUUUCAUACUUGUACUGCGCUGAUAAUACUUGUAAAUUUUGCUUCUCUACUGUGAAUUUUUUAUUUAUUUUUGAUGUUGUUUUGACAUGUUCUGUUUGCCUUAUUGGGUUAAUUGAGCUGCAUUUAUGUCUUUUAUUUCUAAAUGAUUUGAUCAUAUUCUGUGGUGGUAUUGUUCAUUAAAAACAUUUAAACCAAACUCUAAUAAACAAUUCAAAUAUCAAA